CCCGGAGACGCGGGCGGCGCCAUGGCGGCCGCCAAGCCCAGCGAGCUGAUGGGCAUCUGCUCCAGCUACCAGGCGGUGAUGCCGCACUUCGUGUGCCUGGCGGACGAGUUCCCGCAGCCCGUGCGGCCCGCCAAGCUGUCCAAGGGCAAGGGCCGGCUGCGGCGGCCGCGCCAGUCCCGCUUCAAGACGCAGCCGGUGACCUUCGACGAGAUCCAGGAGGUGGAGGAGGAAGGGGUGUCCCCCAUGGAGGAGGAAAAGGCCAAGAAGUCGUUCCUGCAGAGCCUGGAGUGCCUGCGCCGCAGCACGCAGAGCCUGUCGCUGCAGAGGGAGCAGCUCAGCAGCUGCAAACUGAGGAACAGCCUGGACUCCAGCGACUCCGACUCGGCCCUGUGAGGGGCGCCGCCCGCCCGGGGACCGAGAGCGAAGCCCCAGAGGACCGGGGCCCCGCACUCCGGGGACCCGCGAGGACCGGGACCUCUCGCGCGGCCGCGAACUGCUCGGUGCGCCCCGCGCUGCGCUCGUCCGGGGCCCGAGCACGCGGGGGUGCCGGGGAGGGGGGCUGCUUUCUUUGCCCUUGUAAAUGUUUAUUUUUUAACUCUUCCCAGUACGGACUCUGCUGUGAGUGUGUGCGGGAGGCGCGCCCGCGCUGAGUCGACCCCGGGUCGCCAGGGCUUCCCGGAGGGCCGCUCCACGCCCUUGUCCGAUGGUUUGCAACUCCGAUUUUGCACGCCGCUCCACCGUGCCCCCCAGCGCACACCCGUUCACACUCACGCCAACACACUCUCGCUGAACACUUUUAUAAUUGUUAGGCGCGGCCGAUGGGACUUGGGGCGCAGCGCAGCUGCUGCUGCGGCCGGAGGAUGGAUAUUUAUUUUUGCAUUGCGAUGGCUGACGGCGUUUAUUUAACGAUCUUUUUACUUGGAUAUGUCUGUGAGGCUCCCGAACGGAGACAAAUAAAGUCAAUAUAUUUGCACAGUGCA